AUGGCUUCAGAGACCGGCCUUGGACCCCAGGCCCUGGAAAGGAGGGCGCAGACUGAAACACGCAUGCGCACACCUAGUCCCCAGGCGGCACCUGGGCGGAAGCUUUCCGAUUGCGCACGCGCGCUGUGUGGCGGUCGCCAAGGAGACGCGUGCCUGGCCAGGCAUUCGGCGCCUGGAACCCCGAGCUCGGCGGCAGCGGGACUUGCGCUGUGCCCCGCGCAGGUGGGGUCCAGCGGGCGGAUGGACGGCCUUGGUGGGGCCGGGGCAUCGAGGUACUGCGAGGAUGACGAGGGGCUAGAGGGCAGCACUGCGGGCACGAAGGGUUCCAGGCUGCCCCCCAUCUCCAGCAGCGCCUCCGAGCCCACCAAACGGAAGGGGAAGAAGAAAAAGAAGAGGAAAAAGACCGAGGGGUCGGGCAAGGGGGAUGAUAAACAUCAGAGUCGAGGCCUGAAGAAUCAGCAGGUGUCUUCCUCUUUUCAUGACGUCUUAAGUCCCAGCAAAGAUCAUGGCCCGAGGCAAGAGCACAGACAGGACAGAGACACAAACAAGCUCACCCCUCCUCUCUCCUCCUCUUUAAGUCUCCCCCACUCUGCCGAAACAGAAGAGAACCUUUCCAGCCAGAUCAACGAGAGCCUGCGUUGGGAAGGAAUCCUCGCCGACCCAGAGGCAGAAAAAGAACGGAUUCGCAUCUAUAAACUGAACCGGAGGAAGCGCUACCGGAUUUUGGCCUUCAAGGGCUUCCACUCCGACCCCUGUGCCGACCCCUGUGCCGAGGAGACACCGGAGAACCUCGCCUACCUCUCAGACAAGGACGGCAGCGCCGGCAGCAGGCAGCCCUCGUUGGAAGCUGGCCGCCCCAGUCCCUACUUCGAAGGCAACCUCACCCCGAAGCUCCCACACUACGAUUUAGCUACUCCUCUGCUGGAGUGA